AUGGAUCUUAGAAACCAGACUCUAAUUAACCAUUUCAUCCUCAUUGGUUUGUCUCAGAACCUGCAGACUUGUGUUUUGCUCUUUAUAACGUUUUGUGUUGUGUCUAUAUUGACCGUCCUCGGGAACGGCUUCCUGAUCUUCACCGUUAUCGUCAGUCCUAAGUUACACACUCCUAUGUAUUAUUUCCUCUGUAAUUUGUCUUUUCUGGAUUUGUGUUGUUCAUUGUCCACUGGUCCAAAAAUGCUUUUUGAUCUAUUUUCAAUGAGUAGAAGGAUUUCACUCAUUGGUUGUCUCACACAAAUGAACAUUUUAUUAUUCCUAGCAGUAACUGAAUGCAUCCUGCUGGCGGUGAUGGCCUAUGACCGGUAUAUCGCUAUAUGCUCCCCCUUAUAUUACACCAUCAUUAUGAAUUGGAGAGUCUGUAGAUCUAUCACUGUUAUUAUGUGGUUGGGAAGUUUCAUUUUAUCUACUGUUCCCACUAUGGUAAAACCUCUUAUAUUUUGUAAAGAAAACACAUUGGACCAUUUUGUUUGUGAAGUCUUGGCCCUUCUGGAGGUGGCAUGUGGUGACCUCUCCUUUUAUAAGAUAACUAUAGUUGCUAUAGGGUUUUUCACAUUAUUAUCCCCUCUUGUCCUCAUUGUUGUGUCUUAUAUUUGUAUUAUUAUUUCUAUAUUAAAAAUCCAUUCAGUAGAAGGAAGAUCCAAGGCUUUCUCCACCUGCGCCUCCCACCUCACUGUGGUGUUCAUAUUUUUUGUUACGAUUAUGAUCAUGUACAUGGGGCAGACAAAGAGCUUCUCGUCUUAUGUCAAGUAUAUUUCCCUUAUUUAUGCAAUGUUUACUCCUGUAUUAAAUCCAGUGAUCUACAGCCUGAGGAACAAUGAAGUAAAAGAGGGAUUCCGGAAAAUCCUGACCACAGGGUGUAUGACACUUACGAUGCUGUAG